AUGGCGCCUGUCAAAAAACCGAAGAACGUUCUAAAAACAAUGGACAAACCGAUCGAGAAACCGAUAUUGAAAAAUAAAAAUAAAACUUCGAAAAAGAACAGUCGUAAUUUCGCGAGUUACGUCUACAAAGUAUUGAAAUCUGUGGUAGAAGACAGAAGUAUUGGUAUUUCAAAGACAUCUAUGCUUAUUAUGAAUAACUUCGUGAAUGAUAUGAUUGAGAAGAUAGCUGAGGAAGCUGGGAGAUUAGUUCUCCACUCUAAGAGAAGUACAUUAGGUGGCGGAGAAAUACGAACAGCUAUAAAACUGCUGAUUCCCGGAGAAUUAGCUAACCACGCCAUGAUUGAGGGUACUAAAGCUGUUAAAGCAUAUUAUGACAGCAAAGAAGCAUCUGACAAUAUUGAUUAA